CCCUGCUCUCUACAGAGCCACAUGACGAUGUGGAAGAUCUUGUUGGUCUUCUUUCUCUCAGAGAGGUUCAUCCUCUCCACAUGCGACCAGCAUCAGUAUCACUUUGUCAGUGGAUCUUUCACCUGGAGCGAAGCUCAGGCCUACUGCAGACAGAAACACACAGACCUGGCCACCAUCCAGAGUUUCACAGAAGUGAAGCGAGUUUUGGAUACGCUUUCAUCUGCUAAUCACACAUCGGAGGUCUGGAUCGGUUUGUACAGUGAGAUGGACUGGAGGUGGUCUGAUGGUUUCACAGGGAGCGGGGCUGAAUACAGGGACUGGGAAACCUCUGACUAUGAACCAGAUUUUUAUUAUGCCAACCAGUUCUGUGUGUUGAUUGCUAACAAUGGCAAAUAUUGGGAUGAUUCCUGCAGCAUCUCGUACCCAUUUAUCUGCUACAACGGCACACAGGAGAAUCCUGAAUAUGUUCUGGUCAAUGAACCCAGAUCCUGGUCCGAUGCUCAGAAGUACUGCAGGCAGAACUUCAGAGACCUGGCUACCAUCAGGAACCACACAGAAAACCAGAGAGCUCAAAGUUUGCUUCCUAGUCCGGCCUUUGUAUGGAUUGGUCUGUUUAGAGAUCCAAACUUUCACUGGUCUGAUGGGAGCAGAUUUGUCUACAGAAACUGGGCAGAAGUUUUCAACAUAAUAGGCUCCAACAGAAUCAUUUGUGGAGUCACAUGGAGUCCAGGGCAAUGGAGGUUUCGCUCAUGUGAAACAAAAAGGUCAUUUGUUUGCCACAGCCUCCCAGGCAAGUGUUUAAAUGGUAUUCACUUAUUGAUGUGCAUGUAG